AUGCUUUCCCUUCACCGAGCCGUCCUCGCCGCGUCACUGCUGCUCGCGGGCCGACCCGCUGUCUGCGACUCGUGGCCAAAGCGCGGCCUCGCGGCCAACGACGAUGUUCCCAUCUGGCAGUUUGGCGGCAGCUGGCUCGGCCACCCCUCCCAGGUCAACUGGCAGUACAACUGGGACAGCACCACCAACCAGAAGCAGACCUUUGCAGAGUACGUGCCCAUGCUCUGGGGCACACAAGACUACCACACGCGGCAGUGGUUCGACAAUGCGUGGUACUGGCUGAACAAGGGCGGCAGCGGCCACCUGCUCGCCUUCAACGAGCCGGACCGCGACGACCAGGCGCGGCUGUCCGUGGGCGACGCGGUCGCCGCGUGGAGGAAGUACAUGGAGCCGUUUUCAGGCCACGCGCAGCUCGGCGCGCCGGCAGUGUCGGCGGCCGGCGUCGGGUGGCUGCGGGACUUUUUGAACAAGUGCGGCGGCUGCCACAUCGACUUCGUGCCGGUGCACUGGUACGGAGGCGCGGCGUACGAGCACGACUUUGAGAACUACAUCAACAAUGUCUGCUCGAUUAGUGGCGGACGCCCGGUCUGGGUAACCGAAUUUCAAGGCAUCGGCACUAUUGAUGAGCAGAGUGCCUUCAUCCGGAAAGCGAUUCCUUUCCUGGAUAAUAAUCAUUGUGUUUAUCGCUACUCAUAUUUCGGAACCGCCGACAACUCCAAGGUGCUCCUUGAUAAUGGAGGGCCGAAGCUGUCCGGCCUGGGUGUUCAGUACGCCUUCAGCCCGUAUGGCAACGGCGAUGGACCAAAGUAG